AUGGCUUCUCUUCUCCCUCCAACUCCAACUGCAACUGCAAUUUCCACACUUAAACACAGCCAAAUGACCUCUCCCUUGAAACUCACCACUCCACACAAUGCUACUUUCUCGCCAAACUCAAACCAUCGUUUGAAGAGCAACUCUGCAAAGUGCCAUGCACUGUUUGACGAGGUGGCCAAAGGGUUGGUGGAGAACAGUGUUGGCGUGGACCAUUUUCAAAGUAUCCAAUCAGGAAUAGUGCAGUUUGAAAGAGUGACUGAAGGCUUAUCUGACAUGCAGAGAUGGGGGGUUCUCGUGUUUGGUGGGUUGACGUGGAUUUACUUGACUGCGAGGCCAGGUGUUCUUGUUGGUGCCAUUGAUGCUUACCUUUUGGCCCCUCUUCAACUGGGUUUCGACAGUUUGGCUGGAAGGAGGAACUUGAAAAGGAGUGACUUUGUGAUCGGAGAUAAGCUUGGUGAAGGGUCUUUUGGUGUUGUCUAUUCGGGUGUUUUGGUUCCGAAGAAUGGGAAUGGGAGUGUGGAUAUGGUGCAGAAGAGGGGGAGAGGCAAGGCAACACAGGUAGAAGCCAAGUCUAAGGAUAAAGUCAUUCUUAAAAAGGUUAAGGUUGGAAUCCAAGGCGCUGAGGAGUUUGGUGAUUAUGAGGAGUGGUUCAAUUACAGGCUAUCUAGGGCUGCUCCCGAAACAUGUGCUGAAUUCCUUGGAAGUUUUGUGGCUGAUCAAACAAAUUCACAGUUUACAAAAGGUGGAAAAUGGCUUGUUUGGAAGUUUGAGGGAGAUCGUACUCUUGGUGAUUACAUGAAGGAUCGCAACUUUCCUUCAAACUUAGAAUCUGUGAUGUUUGGACGUGUCUUGCAAGGUGUUGACUCUUCGAGACGAAAUGCAUUGAUCAUCAAACAAAUAAUGCGCCAGAUCAUUACGUCUCUUAGGAAAAUUCAUGAUACUGGCAUUGUUCACAGGGAUGUAAAGCCAGCCAACUUAGUGGUUACCAAACGAGGGCAGAUUAAACUCAUUGAUUUUGGUGCAGCAACAGACUUGCGGAUUGGAAAGAAUUAUGUUCCCAACCGUACCCUUUUGGAUCCUGACUACUGCCCCCCUGAAUUAUAUGUCCUCCCAGAAGAAACACCAAGUCCACCACCAGAACCAAUUGCUGCUUUCCUUUCACCAAUCCUUUGGCAGUUAAACAGCCCCGAUUUGUUUGAUAUGUAUUCAGCUGGGAUUGUACUCCUUCAAAUGGCAAUACCAUCUUUAAGGUCCUCUGCUGCUUUGAAGAAUUUCAACUUGGAACUGAAAAACUGCGGAUAUGAUUUGAAAAAAUGGAGGGAGUAUACUCGCAUCAGACCUGACUUCCAAAUUCUAGAUAGUGAAUCUGGUAGAGGGUGGGACUUAGCAACGAAGCUUGUAUCUGAGAGAGGUUCCCUAAGAAGAGGACGUCUCUCUGCUGCCGCAGCUCUGAGGCAUCCUUAUUUUCUUCUGGGUGGUGAUCAGGCAGCUGCAGUCCUUUCAAAACUAAGCUUAAGCAGAAAGUGA